AUGUAUACACCACCGCCUAAUCAACAGGCACCUGGAGGGGCUUUUAAAGAUAUGGAACCUGUUGUCCGUCCUAAGGUUGCUAAUCCAGAAGAGAAACGUUUUUUACCAUACCCUAUAAAACAAACGAACUAUGCGAGAGGUCGUUCGCUGAGCAAAGGUCCAAGGAAGAGGAAAUUUUCGGAAGAGAGCAAUACUGUCAAUGAAACUGAUAUAGCUGUUUUAAAUAAGGGACUGGGUUUUAUAACAUCGCAACCCAGUAAAAUUGGUGAUACGCUAACUGAUUUGCGACUGUUUGGUCACUUGGUUGCAUUGAAAGUAUAUUUUAACAACAAUGUACCAACCUCUCUGUGUAAUGAAGCCUGCCAUCCUGGAUACAGAAAAAUUGUGAGACAAGGACAGCCAGCAUGUUGCUUUGAUUGUAUCCCUUGUUCAGAUGGUGAGAUUUCCAAUACAUCCGAUGAUGUUAGUAAUUGCAUAAAAUGUCCAGAGGAUUACUGGUCAAAUGCAGAGAAAGAUUUCUGUAUUGCAAAAUACAUUGAGUUCCUCUCAUAUGAAGAUCCCCUGGGUACCUCACUAGCUGUGAUUGCUGUUGUCUUCUCAUUGAUGCCUGUGGGGAUUCUAUGUAUCUUCAUCAAACAUCAUGAUACACCAGUUGUCAAAGCAAAUAACCGGGAUGUCAGCUACUUUCUGCUUGUAACCCUUGUGCUAUGUUUCUUGAGUGCAUUAAUAUUUAUCGGUCUUCCAAUUAAUGAAACGUGUGUUUUCAGACAACCUGCUUUUGGCAUAUUAUUUUCUAUUUGUGUCUCUGCAGUACUGGCCAAGACCAUUACUGUAGUGAUUGCAUUUAAUGCAACAAAACCAGGAAGCCGAAUGAAGAACUUGCUUGGGUCAAAGAUAUCAUUUUUUAUAAUACUUUGUUGCUUUGUAUUCCAGUUUAUUAUAUGCAUUGUGUGGAUAUCUGUUUCUCCACCCUUCUCCGAGACUGACAAAAAGCUUCCAGAGAAAAGAGUGAUUCAGUGUAAUGAGGGUUCAGCAUUCAUGUUCUAUUGCAUGCUGGGAUAUUUAGGUAUAUUAGCAACUGUAACCCUUAUAAUAGCUUUUCUUGCCAGAAACCUGCCUGAUAGCUUCAAUGAGGCUAAAUUUAUCACAUUUAGCAUGAUUGUUUUUGUAAGUGUUUGGCUGACAUUCAUUCCAGCUUAUAUCAGCACAAAGGGAAAAUACAUGGUUGCUGUUGAGAUUUUUGCAAUCCUCUCAUCUGGCACUGGAUUGUUAUUCUGUAUUUUUUCACCAAAGUGCUAUAUUGUUCUACUGAGACCAGAUAUGAACACAAGAGGAUACAUCACAAGGCAGCAAAGCAAUGUAACCAAAUUAUAA